CUUGCCUUUGCUUUAUUUUGCUCCUUUUUUUUUCUUUCUUGAUCCCGCUUGAGAAUCGCCUACUAGUCUACUACCACGGUACCACCUGGAUCUUCUAUAUGUUUCCCUUCUCUCUUCUCUCUUCUCUCUUCUCUCUUCUCUCUAUCCUUCUAAAUAAAUAAGACUUGUUAUGCGAUAUUUCGAAAUUUUUUAAGUACUCAACUUAUGAGUUUCUGUGAUAUCUUCUCUUGAAAGCUGAGCAAUCUCUUAAAGUCUGAUUCCCAAAAUCUUUGUGCCUUUCACUCUUGAUUUUCAUGAUUGGGUUUUUUGGAUUUUGAGUUUUGAGUGCAAUUUACAAUUUUCAGCUGUUUUUAAGUCCUUUCAGUUUUUGGGUAUUCUGCCUUUAGGUACCAACUAUCUCCUUAAAGGAUUUGGCUUCCAACAAGUUUAUGUAGUGAAAGAUAUUCUUUGUUCAUUGCUUUGGGGUGUAUCUGAGGAUAAAUUUGGUGCAAGUAUGCCUUUAACUGAGCUUAUUAGGAUGCUUAAAGGGAAACCAGAAGUUUCCCAAGGUGCAUCCACUUCCAUUUAUCCUUCUUCUAGACCAGAUUCUGAUUGUGUUGAGCUGGUUUGGGAAAAUGGUCAGAUUAUGAUGCAAGGUAAAGCUAGAAAAAAUCCCAUUUCAAACAAUUUUCAAACAUUUGGCUCCAAGCCCCUAGAUGAUAGGGUGUCUAAUACUUCAAAAAUGACCAAGUUUGGGCAAAUGAAUUCUGAAAUGGCUGAAUUUCCUUUGUGUGUUCCUUCUUGUGAAGUGGGUUUGGAUCAAGAUGUACCCUGGUUGAGUUACCCCAUGGAUGAACCUUUGCAUAAUGACUAUACUCCUGACUUCUUGAAUGAAUUAUCAGGAGUUACCAUUAAUGAUCUUCCCUCAGACAGCCCUUUAGCUUGCCGUGAAAAGAUAACUAGUUUUCAUGGUGAUGGUGGCCAUGAUGCCUCCAUAAAUUUAAAACAUAGCCAUACUUCUAAACCCCCUUCAAGUAAUGUGAAGGAUAAUAGAGGUGCAGUUGGUGAGGUACCCCAAUUUUUGCCUCCAUUUCAGCACAGUGUUCCAAGAUCAGGUAUCUCUGAUGGCAACAAUUUAGGAAAUGCCCAAAAAGCUGCUUCAAGAGACUCUGUACCUAAUCCAUCUACAUUAAGUGCCUUUGCCAGCUUGAGAUUGCAUAAGUUAAAUGCUGGACAACCUAGUACUAGUUCGGGCUUUACAAAAUUCCCUAAAUUCUCGCGGCCUGCUUCUCUUUCGAGAGCUAGUCAUGUGACGGUAAACCCCUCGACAAUACUAGAGAAUGAUGAUAAAAGAUGCGCUUUGAGUAGUAAUAAUCCUGCUAAAUCUACUCUAUUUAAUUCACAGAAAGAAAUAGUUUCUCAUAACCAAACCAAUGUAGAACCAGCAAAUACUAAUGCAGAAUCUUUUCCCACAAAGCCUAAUCAGGAGCUGAUUUCUACUAAAGAAACUUUGUAUAGAGAAAACAUGGCUAUAAAUCACAUGUCACCAAAUCAGGCAUGUGAUACAUCAAUAAACAAAGCGGGUACUGGUGGCGAUGACAGGAUUGUGGAGCCUGUUGUUGCCGCAUCUUCUGUAUGUUCGGGUAAUAGUGUUGACCGAGCUUCAAAUGAGCCGUCACCUACUUUGAAAAGAAAAUGUCUUGAAGCUGCAGAUUCAUCAAGUCAUAGUGAUGAAAAUGAAGAUGAAUCAUUGGGUGCAAGGAAACCUGUUUGUGGUCAGACUGGCUCAAAGAGAAGCAGAGCUGCAGAAGUCCAUAAUCUAUCUGAGAGGAGACGAAGGGACAGAAUUAACGAGAAGAUGCGUGCAUUACAAGAGCUCAUACCCAAUUGCAAUAAGGCUGACAAAGCUUCGAUGCUUGAUGAGGCCAUAGAGUAUUUGAAGACACUCCAACUUCAAGUACAGAUAUUGUCAAUGGGUCCUGGGUUGUAUAUGCAGCCGAUGAUGUUCCCGCCAGGAAUGCAACCGAUCCAUGGAGCACAUAUGCCGCAUUUCUCACCGAUGGGGCUUGGCAUGGGCAUGGGAAUGGGAUUUGGAAUGAAUAUGCUCAAUAUGAAUAGUGGUGCAAGGAUGGUACCAUUCCUUGGCCCUCAUUACCCUAUCCCUGGAACCAGGCCCCCGUUUCAUGGAAUGCCAGGUUCUACCCUUCAAGCUUUCCCGCAUCCCGGUCAAGGAUUUCCUAUCUCUAUGCAACAACCCUUUGUUCCUCCGCUGGCAGGAAAUUUUAUGAAGAUGCCAUCAGGAUCAAACGCCUCAGGUGUAGCUGGGACACCCAAUGCACCGCAUUUAGCUUCAUCUGGUUGUGCAAAGGAUGCUAACCUGCAACUAAUACCAAGUGGCAUCACUAGUAACAACGUUAGCAGCUCCUCGAAUCAGGCAACCAAUCAGGUAUCAAAUGAAAGAACUCAACAGUCUGCCACGAACAUAGAUCAAGCGCAAGAUGUAAAACCGUCAGAAGCUGCUAACAAAGAAAACACUGCAUAGAUGACAGAAACUUGUAACCUAUGAACGAGAAAUAAGAGAGAAACUCCAGUAAUGCGCACCAUCUGUUUUGCUACUCAACAGAAAUCAUCAAAGGUGUGCAAAAUAGACCCGAUUCAACUCGACUUUAACCCAACCCAAUAUUUUGUAGACCCGGAGGCUGGAUGUACACCUCAAGAAAUUAUUUAACCGAGUUAACUGUUUCUAACGUGUGUAACAUACAUUAUCAGAUAGAAGUUUCUCCAUAAAUCAACAGAAUUUCAGCAGCUGUUGAGUACAAAUGUGCCUAGCUAUUACGGGGAAGCUUAUAAUGCUCAAUUUGAGUUUCCCGGAAAAGAGGGGCAGUUUGAUGAGACAAAACUCCUUUCGAGUGAAAUCUUCAGCCGAAGUGAGGUCUCCAAGAACAGAGCUUAAAACUUUCUUAGAUUGUACAUAUUACAAAGAUGAGAUUAGUACUUCGGUAUCUCGUGCUGAUCUCCUUAGAGGUGCAUAUGCUGUCCUAAUGUAAAUUUCCAGUGCUCGAGGCUUCGGUUUUUCUUUUUUAUAUAUAUUUAUGAGGAAAUUUAUAUUUCUCAUACAUGCUUAAUAAUUCAAGGGUGUUGUGUCCCCUUGACUUUGGUUAGUAGUUGGAUCUUACAAUAAGUGUAUACAUGAAGUUUGAGGAAAUACUUUAGAUGUAACAUCUAAUAUAGAGGCUUGAUCGAGUGUAACAUGUAAAGAAUAGUUUUUUUAAAGUAUAGUUUGUCUUCAAUUCA